AUGUUUGUUCUAGUCUUAUUUUGGUUUAUGAACGCGUUUAUUUGUGCUUCUCAAAGCUCGGACGAAUUUUUGCAGAUCAAGAUACAUCAAUGUAAGUUGUUUUUUUUUGUUUUUGGAUUUUUAGGUAUAACUUUGGAUUAGUUGAUGGUUUUUUUUGUGGCUGAAUUAGAGUUACAACAGUUUAGUUUGAAUCUUGAGAGAUUUGUGGGGUUUUCGUAACCUAGACAAUGUUUUUCAAUUUUUAAACGACGUUUUUUAUAUUCUCCUUGCUUCUAAAGUUUUGAAUUUUGAUUUUAAUGGCUUGUCAGUUAAGAAGUUUUUAAGUUUAAGUUAUGAACUACAAAAUUAUACAUUUUUUCUUUACUGUACUUUGGAAAUAACUUUUUGCCAAUAUUUUAGUAUAGUUUGUCAAAACAGCUGAAAUCGAUUUUUGAACGACUGAUAACAAGAAUAAAUAAGGUGCGGUUGCAUAUUGAUAGGUGUCAGAGAUAAGAUAUUAUUAUUGAUAUUUUGAAUGAAAUUUGAUAGAUUUUAAUGUUUUUUGAGAAGGACACUAUUCUCGAGAAGGUAAUGACAUUUUGGGAGGUAGGAGGAGAUAUGAAGGUUAUUUACAUCUAGUGUGAGCCAAAAGAUGUUAGAAAGUCUAGAAACAGUUUUAGAGAUAGUUAAGGUAAAUUACUUCGUCUAUUACUGUUGUUUUUGUGGUUCUGUUAUUUUUUUAUAUUGAUGUAGAUCACUUUUUGUAUUAUGCGCUAUUUUAACAUGUAUAACCACUUUAUAUCGUCUUACUCGUCAUUUUUAAGCCAAAUGCUAUUGUCCGGAAAUUUCGCUUCUGCCAGUUUGUCUCAGUGGUCUCAAUUGUCCCAAGACCAAAGUCAUUCGAGAACCGAACAUCAAGCAAGUAUGUGCUGAUCGAAGGCUGUUUUGCCAAGCACCUCCAGGAGAAUUUGUUCAGAUUGUAGCCGUACUAUCACGACGUACCAUCUACAUGACCAAAUGGAGCUUAUACUCGACUUCAGUCAUUGUACACUGUAUCGAUGGCAACUUCUACAACACCAAUAUGUACAACUUGAGGCAUGUCCAGAAGUACGAGUGCAGAGCCAGCAAGUUUGGGGACAGUGAGAAGUACAUCAAUCGGAAAGUCUAA